AUACCCUCAUCUACUGUGGUCACUCUCAAGGUAUGCCGAGGGCCUCAGUGAAGAUAGUCUCUCCCCAGGAGCCACUAUACACAGGAGACAGAGUCACUCUACAGUGUAACAUACCAGAAUACACAGACUGGACUUAUGUCUGGUACAGAGACAACCAACACCUUCCCAGUCAGACCAGUAAAACCUUCACCAUCUCUCUCCCAGACCAGACUGGUCAAUACCAGUGUCGUGGGAAGAGAACAAAAUGGCCUGAAUCAUCAUUUCUUAGUCCUAAUCAUCCCAUCAGUGCUACUGACCAGACUGGUCAGUACCAGUGUCAGGGGAAGAGGACAGGUCGGCCCCAGUCAUCAUAUAUUAGUCCUAAUCACCCCAUCAGUGUUACUGCUCUUCCAACAGCCUCAGUGAGUGUCUCUCCUCAUGGUCUCCUCUACUCUGGAGAGACUGUUACUCUGCAGUGUGACAUACCAAACUACACAGACUGGACAUACAGGUGGUACAGAAAGGAUCAACCACAGACUCCAGGUUCACCUUCUAAAACCGUCACCACUCUGUCUGACCAGGUGAGUCAGUACCAGUGUCAGGGGAGAAGAACAGAUCGUCCCAAGUCGUCACAACUCAGUGUUUCCCUCCACAUCAGUGUCACUAAGAGAUCUGUUGCUGUUCUGACCCUCCAACCCAACUGGACCCAGAUAUUCAGUAGAGAGACUGUCACUCUCAGAUGUGACAUACAGGGGGGAGGAGACACUGACUGGGAGUAUAACUUCUAUAAGAAUGGUCAGUCAGUUUACUUUGACACAAAGCCUGAAUACAGAAUCAGUCCUGUCUACACAUCUCAUACUGGGUCAUAUACCUGUAUGGGUGUAAAGGGAAACAAGGAAUCCAUAACCAGUGAUGCUGUACAACUGAUCGUAUCAUAUCAACCCAAGGCUGUCCUGAGUAUCUCUCCUCAGUGGAUGAACCCUGGAGACUCAGUGACUCUGAACUGUGAAGUUAAAGAGUCGUCUACAGGCUGGAGGUUCUCCUGGUACAAGACUGUUCCCUACAGAGCUGGGUUACCCUCUCUAUUGGACAAGUCCUACUCUGUAGAGCCCCUAUCUGGAUAUGGGACUACUGAAGAGUCUUACACUCUGAGUCCUGCUGGUCCUACUGACACAGGAGGAUAUGUGUGUAGAGCUGGCAGAGGAGACCCAGUCUAUUACACAAACUACAGUGAACCUCAGUGUCUCUGGUCUGGAGAUCUGCAGUCUUCAGUGUCUCUCAGAAUAAGUCCCAACAGAACUCAACACUUUACAUCAAAGUCUCUCUCACUGAUCUGUGAUCUGAAGGGGAACUCUACUGGAUGGAGACUGAUGAGAUACACAGAGACAGGAGUGCAGUCAGGGUGUUCCCCUAACUGGGGAUCAAUAACAGGGUCCACAUGUACCAUCACCUCCACAAACACAUGGGACAGUGGAGUGUACUGGUGUGAGUCUGGAUCAGGACAGUACAGUAAUGCUGUCAACAUCACAGUGUCUGUCAUAGUUCCUGCAUCCUCUACAUCAGUCCUAGUAGGAGUGGUUGUGGGUCUGGUUGUUGCUGCUGUUCUACUGAUCAUAUUCCUGGUCCUGCUGUGUCAAUAUAAAAACAGCAAAGGUUCCUGUUCUAACAUAAUUUUCUGGCCCAUCCAUCCCCAGAGCACCAACCAGGACCCCCAACAGGACCAAGGAUCUACCCAGGUUCAGUCUCCUGAUGCUGGGUAUACAGAUUCUGCUGGUGUUUCUGCUGCUGCUGGGUCAAGUGAUGUGACAUAUGUCCAGAGUCAACUCAAGAAGUUGGAUCACAAAAAGAAAGCAUCGUCUGAACCAGUUGAUGUGACCUAUGCUGAAAUUGACCUCAAACUGGUGGGCAAAACCCAGAAGAAGAAAAAAUCAACAAUCCCGCCAGAGUCAGAAUCAGUCUAUUCUCCAAUAAAGACAUUCCCAGACCACAGUAAGACUAGAUCACAUCUAUUAAAGGGUCCUUGAGGGAGAUGAACACAAUCAGUUGAGGAGCAGGAACAACCAGGGAACAUGGAUGUGAUUUUUAGACACACACUCCCUCUAGCCACAGAAAUGACACACGCACACACACACACACACACAACAAUAUCAUAUAUCUGAAUGAUUUGUAUCAUACCAUGCUAUCAACAGAUAUUUAAAUGACAUGGGGUAAUGACAAUGGAGGAUUUGUCUGAUCUUUGACUCAUUCCUUAAGUCAUUCAAAUAUUUGGAAAUUAUUUUCUCAAAAUAGAAGUAUUAUACAGUUUAUGUUUUCUUGCAAUGGUCUUCACUUUUAAAAAAACUUUGCUUUUUUAUUUUUCAAAUACUAUGCUUUCAUCCAGAUGGCACAACUGGCUCCUUGAAUGCAUUAACUAGAAAUGUGACAAUCUGCAAUUGCUAAAUACUGUACAUUAAUGGACUUUUAAAUGAAUUACAUUAUUUUAUAUCUUGUAUGAAUAUAAAAUACUUGCCUCAUGAUUUUAUGAAGUUUAUGUAGCGGGAGGGGCCUGCUGCCCCCCAAUGGAGGGACAGAGUCAGGCUACCGGUGAGAGAAGAGAGAGAGUCACAGUGAAGGGGGGGGGACUGCCCCGUCGGAGAGUCUGAGCAGGAUGGAUCAGAGACUGAUCACACACUUAAUUUCAGCGAUCCUGCAUUAUGGCCAGCUGUACUUAGCCUUCUGGAAUCUGCACAAAUACACUACAUGAGCCAGACAAACGGCAUAACUUGGCAUAACUGAGCUGUUGGCAAAGUAUGACAGUAUCCUAAAUGACCAUUCACAUAACAUUAGAGAGCACCGGCAACAGGGACAGACUCCAAGCUCAUUACCUUUCACCUGACAGCCAAAAUGACAUUAUUGAACUUUGUGCUCAGCGUGUCCUAAACACUAUUUUCAGGGAAAGGCAAGAAACAUCAUUCUAUUCCAUAAUGUUUGAUGCAACCCCAGAUGUGUCAAACUUGUAACGUUUCCAUGAAUUUAAGGACUUUAAAAAAAAAUAACAGGAGAGGAAAUCGCCACAUUGGUGGAACAAUCACUAGGUGAACAUGGGAUAGAUAUAGCUGAUUGCAUGGGUCAGUGCUAUGAUAAUGGAGCUAACAUGGCAGGAAAAGUGAGAGGAGUGCAAGCUUGCAUACUGAAUAAAAAUCCCUUGGCCACAUAUUCACCAUGUGCAUCUCACACGUUAAACCUAGUUGCAGAAAUAGACAUAUUCUGUACAAACUAUUCAGUGGCAGCCCUCACCGAUGGGAAGUCUUACAAAGAGUUUAGGGUUCUCUGCACAGCUUGUCUGACACACGAUGGAGUGGGCGGAUAGAGGCAGUGUGCCCAGUGGCAAAACAUUUGCCCGGUGUGAUCCAGGCAUUAGACACCUUUAUCACGACAGGUAACCUCACCAGUGAAGCCAAAGCUGAAGCACAGGGUCUAAAGACCUACUUUCAGUCCUUUAAUGCUAUUUUGCUCCUCACUUUUUGGGUCAAGGUGUUACAAUGCAUAGAGGAUAGAAACCUUACCAGCCAGUCCUCAACCAUCUCACUUGCUGUGCAAGUUAUAUUUAUAUGUCAAUAUAAAGGAACUGGAGGAGGAGAUUGCCUGCAUGCGUGCAUCAUGGGACAGUUUUCAAACAGAGGCAACUGCUGUUGCCACGUCCAUGGGCAUCAAAUCCCAGUUAGAAAUGAGACAUAAAAAGAGGAAGCGUUUCUUUGAUGAGUCAGAAAAGCAAGGGACAGUGGAGCAAAGCCCAGAGACCCUAUUCCGAGACAGUGUUUCAUGUUGCAAUGGACAGCAUAAUCUCUCAACCACAUGUACGGUUCUCAUCAAUGCAGCAGAUAUGUGACGAGUUCUGCGUCCUGUGGAAAUUCAGAGAUAUGCCACAGGACAACAUCAGUGAAUCAUGCUCAAAGCUCUCUGAGAAAUAUAAGAAUGACUUUGCUGAGUCCCUUGAAGACCAAAUUCAGCACUUUAAGAAAAUAUAUUGUGGAACUUUUGAAGACUUAGAGCUCUUGAUCUACUUAAUGCCAUAUACACACGGGACUACAGAGCAUUUAUGGAGACCUGUGUGUCCUGCUGCAUAUAUUCCUGUCUCUGCCUUUGUCUGCGGCUGGAGGUGAGCGGGCUUUCAGUAAAAUGAAGAUGAUAAAAAACCACUUGCACUCUAACAUUUCCCAGGAGAAGCUCAACGGUUUGGCAAUGCUCUCCAUAGAGCGCCAACAUGCCAAGAAACUGGACUUUAAAAAAAGUUUGGCGCAUGGCAUUUGGAGUUCAAAUCUAAACAUGUCACACAAGCAGUAGCCUAAAAUACAAUGGUAAUUAUUAUUUUAUUUCCUGCAAGUGUCAGAAUUCCAAUACAUAUUGUUAGCCAUUUCGUAUAGUGCUUGUAAUAAUUAUCGCAUACCCGGUUGUCAAGGGAGAGAGUACUUCAAUUAUUU